AAAUUGUCUGAAACGCAUCUCGCGAGUAAAGUUUACAAAAAAAGAGUUAAUUUUUCGAAGAUUUCCGGCGUUCCGGGUUAAGCCGUUCACGUUUGUACGAUGGCCGAUCCGCUGAGUCUGCUGCGGCAGUACAACAUCAACAAGAAGGAGAUCAUCGAGCGCGACGGGCAGAUCAUCUUCGGCGAGUUUUCCUGGCCCAAGAACGUCAAAACAAACUAUCUCAAAUAUGGUUCCGGCAAGAAGGGGGCCCCGAAGGAGUACUACACGUUGGAGUGUUUGCUGUACAUCUUGAAGAAUGUGGCGCUGCAGCACUCGGUGUACGUUCGGCAGGCGGCCGCGGAGGAUAUUCCGGCGGUGAACCGUCCGGAUCGAAAGGAGCUGCUGCAGUACCUGAACGGGGAGACCAACACCUGUGCCAGUAUUGACAAGAGUGCGCCGUUGGAGAUUCCGACGCAGAUCAAGCGGCCGGCCGAGUCGGACACGUUGGACAAUUUGGCGAAGAAGGCGCGCUAUGAGGACACCCAGGUGCAGAAGGUCAAGGAGCAGCUGGCGGCUCGGUUUGAUGUCAACAAGAAGGAAGCUUCGGUCAACAUCGACAACAUCAAGUCGCUGUCGGAGACGAUGUCCGUGGAGAAGAUUGCCGCGAUUAAGGCGAAACGUUUGGCCAACAAGAAGGUCACGAUCAAGCGGACGGACAAUGACGAUGCGAUGGGCGUGGGGCCGGAUCUGAGGGCGAUUCUCGACUUUGACGUCGAUUCCACCAAGGACAUCAUCAGCAGGGAACGGCAAUGGCGCACGCGGACGACGAUCCUCCAGAGCAACGGCAAGAUCUUCGCCAAGAACAUUCUGGCCAUUCUGCAGGGCAUCAAGAACCGCGAGGAAGGCCGCGGCCGACCACAAGCACCGGCCAUCAAGCUUCCGGAGCCGCCACGCGUGACACGACCCCAACCCCAGCCGGCCCAGUACAAUCGUUACGAUCAGGAACGGUUCAGCCGGCAAAAGGAGGAAACCGAGGGCUUCAAGAUCGACACCAUGGGAACGUACCACGGAAUGUCGCUGAAGCUGGUGACGGAGGGAUCGGCGGCGCAAAAGAAGGCCCAACAGGCGGCCCAGAACAACAACAGCAGCGCGGCCCUGUCGGCGAAUCUGCCCCCGGGCCGGCCAAAGGAGAUGAUCCCGACCGCACAGGCCCGCAUGCUGCCCCAGGGCAACGCCAACAAGCGCCAGAGCAAGACCCCGAUCAUCAUCAUUCCGGCGGCCACGACCAGCCUGAUCACGAUGUACAACGCGCGCGACAUUCUGCAGGACUUGAAAUUUUUAACCACGGACGAAAAGAAAUCCAAGGGAGGCGUGCGGGACAAUGAAGUUCUGGUUCAGCGCCAAAAGGCGGGCGGCCUGACGGUGCCGUACCGGGUCAUCGACAACCCGAUCAAGCUGACCGCGCAGGACUGGAACCGGGUGGUGGCCGUGUUCGUGAUGGGCCCGGCGUGGCAGUUCAAGGGUUGGCCCUGGGACGGAAACCCCGUGGAGAUUUUCUCGAAAAUCGCGGCCUUCCACUUGCGGUACGACGAGAUGAAGCUGGACGCGAACGUGGCCCGCUGGGCUGUGACCGUGCUGAACGUGUCCCGGACCAAGCGCCAUCUGGACAAGGCCAGCCUGAUGGUGUUCUGGGAGAAGCUCGAUCUGUACAUGAGCAAGUACAAGCCGGAUCUGCGCUUCUAGAGCGUGACUUUGCACACAAUUGUAUAACGCAAAAUAUUAUCGGACGCAAACAAGUAGUUUAGUAUUUUCAAACAGCAGCAAAAACGGCAUAACAAUAUACAAGAAAAAAAAGUUUAUUUUGAGUGCAGCGAAGCAGCGAGACAGUUUUUCAACCAUUAUGAUUUUAUCAACAGAGAGUGAAACUUUAGAGCGGAAUCUUCACGGCGCUGCGAUCGGCAUGGUAUGAUAAGUUGUAUUUUCCUUAUAAUUCAGAACCUUUUUUUUCCUCUAAAAUAGUGUAAUUUCGUAGGACUUAUGAUUCAAUAAAUGAUACAAUUUACUCACUUGA